AUGUCAACAAAAGAAUUCGUUGAGUUACAAAAGUCAAACUUAAAACUUCAAGAGCAUGUAAUCAGGCAAUAUUCAGAAUACAAAGAUGAAUUAAAUGCGCUUCAGAAAGAAAAUCACGAGCUAAAGAAGUUAUUACAAUUGGAAAAGCAAAAAGGAGCGGAAAUUUUCCAACAAUUCUCCGAAAGAAUACAUAAAAUGGAGCAAGAUUUAGAAGAAAUCAACUAUUCUCCUCCAGUUUCACCUCAAAAUUACGUUACUACAAAUACCCGCCCUUUAAGUCGUUCAAGGCAACUAUUUGAGCAACUAGAGGAAGAAGGUAAGAAACUUGAAGAAGAAACACGACGAGUUUUUGAAUUUUGUCGAAAACCCGUUGAAUUUUAUAUUCCAUCAACAGCUCCUGCACCUCCGCCACCAACACAAACAAUUCCACAACAAACAUAUCAAUUUAUACCUAUUCAAGUACCACAAUAUACUACAAUUCCAAAGCCUUCACCAAAUCCACCAUCUUCUAUAUCUUCUCCUGUUCCAACAUCACCGAAAACAUCUUCAACAUCAAAUACUCCGCAAUUUGUACCUAAUGUUAAUGGAUUUAAUCAAGAAAUCGAGCAAUUACAGCAAUCUCCAAUCGGAUCUCCACGUGGAAACUCCCCAUCCAAUAAACAGAAGAAACCAAUGACACCUAAUGACUCUCAAAUCCCUUCUGUUGACUCUCCUCCUGCAAACCAGAGUAAUAAUAAAAUUAGUGACGUAAAUUUCGGUCCAAGCUCAGAUUCAGAGGAAGAUGAUGACGAUAUUGGUACAUUAGUAACUCAAAACCAAGAAAUACCAUCAUCAGCAUUCGACAAAAUGAACAUUGAUCCAAAGAAAAACUCUGCUGCAGUCACUGGAAGUUCAGACACAAGAGCUGCGAGUGAUUUCAAACCAGCUUCAGAAACUCUUCCGAUUCAACCAGUUAAAACAGCUCCAAAAGUGCCAAAAGAAUCUCCUCCUCCUUCUGUCAAACCUAUUGAUCCAUUGGGUGGAUUUGGAAGUGAAGAAGAAAGUGAGUUGGAUAUUGAAUUCCCAUCUGCUGGUUUUGAUGAUGGAAAUGCAAACAAUGAUUUAUGGUAA